GCCUUCAUGACCUUGACUCUGUUUCCUAUCCGACUCUUUUUUGCUGCUUUUAUGAUGUUGCUGGCCUGGCCUUUUGCAUUCCUUGCUUCAAUGGGAUCUGAUGAGCAAGAGCUUGAAAAGCCCCUCUCCUGGUGGAGAAGGAUAGUGGAUGUUUUGCUGAAGGCAAUCAUGAGAAUGAUGUGGCUUGCUGGUGGAUUCCACUGGAUAAAUGUUAAAGGCAGACGGGCACUGCCAGCAGAAGCAGCAAUAUUAACUGUGGCUCCCCAUUCUUCCUACUUUGAUGCCAUUCCAGUAACUAUGACCUUCGCCUCCAUUGUCAUGAAAGCAGAAAGCAAAGAUAUUCCUGUUUGGGGAACUCUAAUCAAAUACAUCCGACCAGUAUUUGUGUCUCGGUCAGACCAGGAUUCUCGCAGGAAAACCGUUGAAGAGAUAAAGAGGCGUGCUCAGUCUGAUGGGAAAUGGCCACAGAUAAUGAUAUUCCCAGAGGGCACUUGCACAAACCGAUCCUGUCUAAUUACAUUCAAACCUGGAGCAUUUAUUCCUGGAGUUCCUGUACAACCAGUGGUUUUACGUUAUCCAAACAAACUGGACACGAUCACAUGGACAUGGCAAGGGCCAGGAGCGUUUGAAAUUCUGUGGCUUACUUUAUGUCAGUUUCACAAUUCUGUGGAAAUCGAGUUUCUACCUGUGUAUAUUCCUUCAGAAGAAGAAAGAAAAAAUCCAGUGUUAUAUGCCAAUAACGUCAGACGUGUAAUGGCAGAGGCACUGGGAGUUUCAGUGACAGAUUAUACAUUUGAAGACUGUCAGCUAGCUUUGGCUGAAGGACAACUUCGUCUGCCUUCAGAUACGUGUCUUUUAGAAUUUGCAAAGCUUGUGAGAAGCCUUGGGCUGAAGCCAGAAACACUUGAAGAUGAUCUUGAUAAAUAUGCUGCAAGUGCCAUGAAAAUGAAGAAAGAAAAGGUUGAUCUUAAAGAAUUUUCAGCAUACUUGGAAUUUCCAGUUUCUCACACAGUAGAAAAUAUGUUCACACUUUUUGAUGAGAAUGAAGAUGGUGUAAUUGACAUUCGGGAAUUUGUCAUUGCUCUGUCAGUUGUCUGUAAGCCAUCCAAAACUCUGGAAACAAUUCAGUUGGCAUUUCAGCUAUACCAAUCAGAAAGUGGAACUAUAACAGAAGAGGAUUUAGCUCAUAUUCUGAAGACUGCCAUGGGUGUAUCACAGAUUAAUGUUACACAUCUCUUCAGAGCUGUAGAUGAAGAAGAAAAAGGAAAGAUUACAUACGAUGACUUCUACACAUUUGCUGAAUUGCACCCACACUUUGCAGAAGACUAUCUCUAUGCUGAUCAGAUGGGAGCUGAGAGCAGCUUGGAGACUUCAUCUCUUUCUGCUCCUAAUGGUAUCUGUACUGACUUCAGCCCUGAUAACACUGAAGAUAAAAACAAGCCCCUACAGAAGAAACUGAAUUAACACUGCAACUCUUACCUUCCUCUCCUGGUGAGAGGGUUGUCUUUUCUUGGGAUUUUCACAAGUCACUCCAAUUAUACAGCAAAUACCAGUUUUGUGUGUGAAAGUUCUUCUACCUUAAUAUCUUUCUUUGAAUCAUAUGUGCUGUAUUUAACAACAUGUUCCAGGUUACUUUGGGAAAGGUGUUUUUAUUUUUUGAAAAGGUCUUUGAAAGGCAAAAAUGUGAAUGUGCUUCAUUAUUAAUGUUCAUAUUUAAAGGAAGCGGCACACUUAUUUAUAUUCCAUUGGUUAGUUUCCUGUACAAAGUGUCGCACAAACUGUGCAUGUAAAAAGAAACUGUAGCUACUAUGGUGUUAAGUGCACUUUGGUGAUUAGUGUUUUCCCUAGUUUUGGGGAUGUUUAUUUGGGGCCAAACUUUGUUGUCCAUAUUUGCAUAGUCAGUCCUGUUGACUUCAGUUGGAUUAUUCUCUUGAGCAGAGCAAGCAUAUUUUGGCCCUUUGUUUUGGUUUCAGUAAACAGUUUGGAAACAGUAAUACAAAAACUUGCUAAGGAUUAUUUUUUAUUUUUACUGUUGAAUGACAAAAUUGUUUUUCUUUCAAUCUAUUCCAUGGUAGAAUGAAAAGGAAGGGCUCUUCAUCCCUCACCCCAACACUUUUCUACUGUAAUCUUCCGGAUGCAAUUAAACAUGAAUUUUUUUCCAAACUGA